AUGGAUUUGAUUGCGAAUGCACAACUCGCUCUCUACAUCUCCAUUCUCACCGAAUAUGUUCCAAUAAUAUCAGUUUUUCGACUCUUCCCAGCAAGCUUGCCGCAUUGGUUGGAUGAAAUGAAUCAAGUGAAUUUUUCUCAAGAGCAACCUAACAGCAGUAACAACGCUAAUUGUAAUGGAAGUUCGAAUGGAGCUUACAACAAUGUGCAUCUAAGUCAGAAUUAUAACUUUAACACUAACCAUCACGCAAGUAGUUACGAUCAGAGUGGGGAAAAUAAGGAUGAACAUAAUCAGAAUAAAAGCAAUAAUGCCAGUGCCACUAAAAAUAAGAAGAACGUUGUCUCUAACAGGUCAAAUAAAAAAAAGAAUAAAUUAACAAAGUUACUAUCCGUCCAUGAACCAAAAAAACCAACUGAAUUAGAAUUGAAGAUUGUGGAGUGCAAGAUGAAUUCAGCAAAGCUGAUGAGCGAACGAGAAAAGAUUAUUCAGAUGAUGCAGGAUAAAAUGAUUCAGUAUAACAAAUGUGAACAAGGUGAAAUAAGCAAGCAGCUCGUUGGCAUUUUGAUGGAGGACGUUUCAACUGUACAACCAAGUGUUGAAGAGGUUUGCUCUUUUGAAUUUUUUAAAGAUUAUUCAUACAUUAGUUUAUUCACCCGAUUUCAUUAA